AUUUUACUACGUCUAGAUUUCUCCUAAAUUCACCAAACGUUAGUAUUAAAUAGCCUAAUGCCUUUUUUGCACAUCUACACAUAAAAAAAAUCAGAAACAUUGUAAUAAGAAUUGUCUUAAUGUAAGUAAUCAACUGGCUAAGUUUCAUGGCAAUAUCUAUUAGUUCAACUUUUUACCCCAUUUACCUGUAGUGCAUCCCCUUAAAGUGUUAAGCAGCUUCUCUUUGCUGCUUAUAGCCGACAUGAAUGGAGACAACGUGACGUCGUGACUGUGACUCUGUUCGGGGUGGGGGAGCAUAGCAACCUCAGCCUCCUCUCCUGCACGGAAUCUGUCAGAGGCGGGGGGCACCAUGAGGGCCUAUUAUGAUGCACAAAUCUAACUGCCUUGCAGUGUAUAAAUUGCAUUUGUGUUGUCUGAUGAAUACAUCUGGCUUGAUCCUUUCCAUAAUGAAGGCUAAUUAGUUUAUGCUGCAGCAUUCAUGGCUGUCUUUGAUAGGUCUGCCAGAUGUAUCAAGGACUGGUAGCAGGCCAAAGAGAGACAGCCUUAUUCAGCUGAAAGCCUCUCUCUGCAGUCUCCCAGCUGCUGCUGCUGCUCCAGAGCCAGAGUGGAGAGUCCCCUCGCCCCCCUGCACAGACAGAGACAAAAGGCCUGAUUCGCCUGCUGAACACUGCCCCCUUUCUCUGUCCGUCCCUUCAUGAACGGCCGUAGUGAUGGUGGUGGUGGCGGGGGCUUUAGGAGAAAACGAGGCCCGGACUGGGACUAAUAUCUAGGACUGACCCAGUGAAGGAGAGUGGAAGAGGGGGAGGGGAGGAGGAGGAUGGGGACUGGAAUGGUUGGGGCUGAGUAAAGGCAGGUGCUGAGGCCUCUACAGGAAGACUUUUUUUUCCUGAAUAUCUCUAAGAGUGGAAAAUAAUUUGACAAGGGUAUGCCACAUUUACCUUUAUAUAUGCAUGAACGUGCAUGUUUAUGUGUGUCUCUGUGGUGGCAUAUGUGGGCAGGGGUGACGUGUUUGAUGGAAAGCAUGGUGCAUGUAUAGCUUGUGUGUGCCCAUGUCAGAUUGUCUGUCCUGUACAUGGGUGUAAUGCUGCUGCGGGCUGCAUGAAAGAUUUUAGUUUUCGGAUACUAGACUAGACUACCAGUGUAUCUGGGAUGAGAGCACUGGGGGAUAAAUAGGCCAAGGUACCAGACUGAGCUUCUACUACCAUCAUGGUUACCUAAAUAUGCUCCUUCCUUUCAAUGUGUUAGUUGAAAAAGUUGAAUCUCAGUUCCUGUUAUCAGCCACCAUUUGUACAUUAUUUUGUUUUAAAUAAUACCUAUUUUGUUGUUCACAUUGUAUGAUUUUUCUCAUUUUCUUUACUGUUGUCCUGUUUUUAUAUGUCAUGGUAACUGUGCUAACCCAAACACCAUCUUUGUUGUGCAUUUUCUGGACUUAUUCUAUGGUAGUGCAACCAACCAGAGAAGUUAAUCUCCUUUAAACAUGUUGCCACCUGUCUAUUAAAUGUUGUGUUCUUUUUUGACUAAAUGUAUGACAAUAUACUGUACAUUUAGUUUGGUGAAAAAUGUUGCAGUGUUUCCAGGUAGGUGGGCACAAUGCUUCUGCCUGUGUGUUUCUGAGGCCGUACUGCAGCGCAGGGCUUUAUGUUGGGUGACCGGAACCAGAUGAAACCGGUUUGAGGCAGACAGAGGGCUGACAGGAACAAUGCCGUCCCUGUGCUCCAGAGGGAUAGAGAUAGCCCAAGCUACUCCAUGGCAGCCCUUCACAUCUUAGCCACCGGCUACCAUGGAACAGGCAGAGACCAUGCCUCUGCUGUUGCUCGCUGCUGGCUGGAUGUCGGUGUGCUACGCAACGCGGCUCAUAGCGAGGGGGGCAGGGAGAUUUGGGAAGGGACGAGGGCAGGGGGACGUGGCUGGUUGGGAGUUCUGUGAAUCUGCAGCCUGGACCCACACACGCACACGCACACACACACACACACACACACACACACACACACACACACACACACACACACACACACACACACACACACACACACACAAGCAUGAUCCAUCUGUCUGUUGUAUGUCUAUGGGCUGCUAGUGGUGCAGAGAAUGACUAAGGAGGAUCCUUACCCAGGACCACCACCACUCACCAGAUCCAUGGAUGUAACCUGACCCUGUAUUCUGGGCCUUUGCAUGGUCGGGAAGAAGCAGGACUUUUUUUUUCUCCUCCAGGCAGGGUGGGGUGGUUGGCUUUUUGAGGGUUAGUAUUGUUGUGACUGUUUGUUGCAGGAUGGAAGGAAGAAGGGAAAGGUUUGGCUAGUGGCUGGAGAGGGACGGAAGCAAGAGGGUGAUCCCCUCAUCAGAAUAGGAGCAGGACCAUGGGAGAUAUGAAAACGCCAGACUUCGAUGACCUGCUGGCGGCCUUCGACAUCCCCGACAUGGUGGAUCCUAAAGCUGCUAUUGAAUCUGGCCCCAACAAUGACCAUGAUGGACAGGUCAAGCAACCUAGUGGUCGGGUGACUACCAAUGAAGAGGAGUCCCACAACCCCUCAACAGGACAAGACAUUGGCGUUAGUGUCAUUGUCAAGAACAUCCGAAACACAGACACUAGUAAGCAUGGUGAAAUCAUAUCAGAGGAGGAUGGUCAUUUCCACCCCCAACCCAAUUCUGGUGGCACUGGAAAUGGACUUCAUAAUGGCUUCUUGAAGAAUGGAUGGAUAGCUCCCAGGGAGAAAAAACAGCCAGUUAACAAUGAAUCACCUACCUUCAAUCAGUUCAGCCCCAUUUCCAGUGCUGAAGAGUUCGAUGAUGAUGAUAAAAUAUAUACUCAAUCAAGUUUCCAUGAGGGGGAACAUCUAAAGGGAACUGUACCCAAGUAUCAAGGUCUGGAGUGCAAUGAGGCUGAAGAGCCAAUGGGGCUUGUAAAUGUGUCCAGUAUGUCUCAAGUCAAAGCCAAGUCCUCUGCAAAACUUUCAUCUUGUAUAGCAGCCAUUGCAGCCCUGAGUGCCAAAAAGGCUUAUGCUACAGACUUGGUUUUUUUGGAUUGUCCUACAACACAAAAAGAAGCCACUCCGAUUAAUAAAAAUCCAAGAGCUCCAGAGAAGCCACAUGAGCAGGAGUCAGCCCUAGAAUUUGCAAAGAGGCUGCUAACAAAACAACCAGACAGCCCCUCUAGUGUCAUCAGUGAGGGUAGCAGCAAAGAUUCCCCUGCCUCAAGCACAGACACCCCGGUCAUCCCAAAAGUCAGGAUCAAAACAAUCAAGACGUCUUCCGGCCAGAUCAAGCGUACCGUCACCCGAGUUGUACCAGAGUUUGAUCCUGAAGGUCUGAAAAAAGACGAGAAUAGCCUUCUUGUCAUUGCAACCACCAGUGCAAAUUCCUCAUCUCCUACCACAGUAUUAGCCACCACUGGAGGCCCUUCAAUUGAAAUAGCCAAGCAAAUGACUAUUAAACCAGUGGCGACAGCUUUCCUGCCCGUCUCAGCAGUCAAGACAGCCGGUUCCAAGGUCAUCAACCUGAAGCUAGCUAACAACACCACAGUCAAAGCAACAGUCAUCCCCGCUGCGUCAGUGCAGAGUGCCAGCAGUGCCAUCUUGAAAGCUGCUAAUGCCAUCCAGCAACAGACUGUCAUGGUACCUGCCUCCAGUCUGGCUAAUCCCAAACUUGUGCCAAAGACUGUCCAUUUUAGUAAGCUCAAUCUUCAGCCUCAGACUGUAUCCUCUGCUGUCUGUGAUCUCAAACAAGCCCUGUCCUCCUCAAGACAUCCACAGCAAGUCAAACAGCAUACAAAUAUGGCUGGCCGGACCUCAAAAAAAGUCUCUAGGAUUCAAGUGUUCACCAGCUCUCAAAGCUCUGUAGUGGAUGCCUUCAACAAAGUCCUGAGUAGCAUAAAUCCUGUCCCUGUGUAUGUCCCGAACCUCUCUCCGCCAUCCUCAGCUUGUAUCUCGCUACCCUCACGUGGCUACAAGUGCAUGGAGUGUGGAGAUUCAUUUGCUCUUGAGAGAAGCUUGACACAUCACUACGAACGUCGUAGUGUGCGGAUCGAGGUCACCUGUAACCACUGUGCCAAAAGUCUAGUGUUCUACAACAAAUGCAGCCUCUUGUCUCAUGCCAGGGGCCACAAGGACAAAGGGGUUGUCAUGCAGUGCUCACAUCUAAUCCUAAAACCCAUCCCUGCAGAUCAGAUGAUAACCACAUCACCCUCAUCAGGCCCACCCAACAUUACUGGCACCACUCCCAACCCCCAAGCACAAACAUCCACAAGUCAAAUCUCAGGGAGAGUUACUGGUGGAGGGUCCCAAAGUACAGUGAUUUCAGCUCCAUGCAGUGCUUCUCUUGUGGCAGCCAUGCCGUUAGAGUAUGAUGCAUCGAAGCUCUGCAGGCACAGUCUAAAGUGCUUGGAGUGUAACAAAAUGUUUCAGGAUGACAGCUCGCUAGCUAUGCACUACCAACAGGCACCAGAGUCCAGUGGGCAGAAAACAUGCUCCAUCUGCCAAAUGCUUCUCCCAAAUCAGUGCAGCUUUCUGUCACACCAGCGAAUCCACCAGCACAAGUCUCCUUACAUCUGCCCUGAGUGUGGUGCCAGCUGCCGAUCUGUCCACUUCCAAUCACAUGUCACCAAGAACUGCCUGCAUUACACCCGUAGAGUCGGCUACCGCUGUAUCCACUGUAGUGUGAUAUUCGCUGAUGUAGCAACUCUAAAAUCCCACAUCCAGAGUUCUCACUGCGAGAUCUUCUAUAAAUGUCCUCUCUGCCCCAUGGCCUUCAAGUCUGCGCCUGCAACCCAAUCCCAUGCGAACACACAGCAUCCAGGAAUAAAGGCAGGAGAGCCCAAGGUGAUCUAUAAGUGUUCCAUGUGUGAUACCGUGUUCACUUUGCAGUCCCUGCUCUACACUCACUUCGACCAGCACAUCGUAAAUCAUAAAGUUUCAGUUUUCAAAUGCCCCGACUGCUCCAUGCACUACGCACAGAAACAGCUCAUGUUGGACCAUAUCAAGGCCAUCCAUGGAACCCUGAAGACCAUCGAGGGUCCACCAAACCUGGGCAUACACCUCCCCCUCAGCACCAAGCCCACUAACUCUAAUAGUGCCAACAGCAACAGCCCUAGUAAUAAUAAUAAUAAUAAAAAAGAUAGAGGAAAUGUCAGUGGUCAAGACAAGGGAGAAAAGAGGCGUUCAGCUUCACCUAUGAAGAAAACAAACCGUAAUUGCUCAGCGGAUCUCAAGAACCCUCCCGGCUCAGGAUAUACAUGUAGAGAGUGCAGCAGCCUCUUCAGUUCCAGGGAGGACUUUGUGGCUCACAUGAGGCGCGAACAUGGCAAGAUACUGAAGAAACACCCAUGUCGGCAGUGCGACAAGUCGUUCAGCUCCUCCCACAGUCUUUGCCGACACAACCGUCUCAAACACAAGGGACUGCGGAAGGUCUACACCUGCCCGCACUGCCCAGCUCUCAGUCAACCGUUCACAAAAAGAAUGCUGCUGGAUCAGCACAUUCAUCUAAUGCAUAAAGUCAAAGACCCAGAGGGGAAGGCGGUCAACUCUGAUAAUAUCGAGGCUUUACCUGACAAAGAAACGACCUUCAGCCCCAAAAGGAAGCCAGAAGAGGAUGAGGGGUCUCCAGGAUUGAACUGCAGAGGCUCUGACUCACAGCCGUUGAAGAGGCUCAAGGUGAACAUCCUUAAAGUUCACAAGUGUGCCGUCUGUGGCUUCACCACUGAGGACAUUGGGGCUUUCCAUGAGCACAUUCCCCAGCACAAGUCCGAUGGCUCGUCCUACCAGUGUCAGGAGUGCGGCCUGUGUUACACCUCCCACCGCUCGCUGGCCCGACACCUUUUUAUCGUCCAUCGGCUGAAGGAGCCGCAGGGCCUCGCCCGAUACAACGCACGGGGCAAGGACGACGAUGAGAGUCAGAGAGAGAACCAGCUGAAUGACGGGACCCCAAAUACCAAAUGCAAAGUGUGCGGGAAGAUGUUUGAAACGGAGGGAAACCUGAAUACCCACAUGAGGACACAUGGGAUGGCGUUCAUAAAGUCUAAGAGACUGAGCGCCGCUGAGAAGUGACACUUUUAAACCAUUCCAUUUAAAGCACUGUAGUUUAAAACUUACAGUUUGUUAGCGUGCUGCAGACAACCUUCAGUAUAUUACAGUAUGCUGUAUACACAAUGUUCAUGUAAGGUACAAUACAGUAUACACACACAGAUAUGUAUUAUAUAUACAGUGUGUGUGUAUAUUAUAAAUAUAAAUGUCAUAGUCACUUUGUGUCUUUAAGUAAAUUGAACCAGAUAGUUUUUGUACACACAUAGAUGUUUCUAUAGGCUUUGAAUAUAUCUUUUUUAUAGAAAGAGCUUUUUAAUUUUAAACGGUUUCCAUUAUUCUCACUAGGGCUAGAUCAUGUAUGGAUAUAUUGUUGUAAUGAGAUUAAUCCUCAUACAGUCAGCAGUGUUCUGAAUUUGCAAUGCUGCUAAUGUCAAAUGAAUGUCUGAAAGAAAAAUAUACAUAUAACUUUUGGGAGCCUAAGGUUUCCCCAGUACAGUACAUAUUAUCCCCAGCUAAGGUCUUUUUUAAUUUCAUGGAUAACUUGCCUCAUAUUUCUCUCUGAGCUCUCCUCUGCUUCUACAAUGGUCUGGUCUCCUCCUAAUACAUCCUCAAACUAUUGAUCCUAAAACAAAAUCUCUGCAUUCAUUUUGAGAUGAAAUGAAGUGAAAAAUCAGAAGAUAUCAGACAAAGGUAAAGCCUAUUUUCAGCUGCAGCUUCAUACCACUGUGUCAAAUUAUUAUUUACAUAUCAAAUACAUACACAACAAUUUUUUACAUCAGAAACAGUCUUUUAAAGACAAAUAUAUGGGCCAAAUUUGUGUCAUGGCAGUUCUUUGUGAUUACAAGUCACAGUAAAGGUUUACCUAAAUAUUUAAAAUAAGAUAAAAAGCACUUGCCUUUCUUUUAACAGCAGUCUUCUUUACAUCGUAAGUAAUAACAUUUACAUAACAUUUUAAGUUUCUUGCUUGUUUCUUCAGUUUUAGUUCUUUGGUUUAAUGUGAAAUCAUGAGUGUUCAUUGACAGGAAUAACUGAGAAAAUCUAACCUGAAGAAAAUGUAAACUUGGAAAUGGAAUUAUUGAUAGAAGAUAACCAGAUCAAUUAAAUGAGAAAUAAUUGAAAGUUGUAAGAAUCACAAUAUUGUUUUCCAUUGCUUUCUUUGUUCCAAGCAUUUCCAAAAAAAACAGACAGUAGAUUUUUCUACUCUGACAAUAAGACUUUAACUGUCCGGCGCUGUAAAACUGCAUGUAAGAAGCAGUCUGUGAAUUGUUUGUUGAUUAGAAUGUAUCUUGCUACUGCUGUUUUAGACAUUUCUGAUGCCUGUGUACAAAUCUGUUCUUUAUGUCAAUAAACAAAGUCACCUUCUAGCGGCAAGAUCUGAUGUCGACUGCACAUGAGACAUCAGCUCUUCUCUGUGGAAAUAUA